AGGUUAACACACACUUGGGUGCUGUGUCUGUGAGCGCUAGCGAGCUCACACAGUAAGCCCCAGGUCAGAGCUGUGACUUGACAGUGAGGGCUGUUUGUCUACAAGGACUGGUGGCCAGAAAUAAGCCGCGGCGCCUGAUGAGCCGCAGGGACGGCUGGGCAGGCUGCCAGGGCAUUUCUUGUGUGCGCUUUUCUCAUAAGCAACAUGGCCUUGGGCUGAAGAGGAUGGGCACAGAGUCGGCGAGGAAUCAGAGGUCAGAGUGGAGGUGCCGGGCUUGGGGAGGUCUGGGGAAGCCCUGGGGUUGAAAUGCGUGUGUUUGUCGAGCUCUGAUCACCCUCAGCUCCAAUGGGGAGUGUCUGCGGCUGUGUCAGGGCUGAGAAGGAAGAGCGAGGCGCAGACCCGGCCAGGGCCCCCUGGGGCCCAGCGGAGUGCUCUCCUGGAAGAAGAUACUUCAGAAGGAAAUGGAUCCAGAGAAGUGUAGGCGACCGGAAGUUGGUGGAGCAAAACAGUGAAGAUGAAGGCAGGAGGACGCGUGGCUUCCAGUGCCCAGGAGAGUGGCCAGCCCCAGCCGAGCCAUCUGGACCAUGGCUGCAGCAGGACCCCGCUGCCCCCCGCCCCACCUGGGACCACACUGCAGCGACCGAAGACACAGCAGAGGAGUCACAGGUGCUAGCUGACAGCAACAAGUCUGACCAAGACAGCACCAUGGGGGCAGAAGCCUGUGCCACCGGGGCAGAAGCCAGCACACUGGAUGGAAAGAGGUCAGACUCAGACAGCACCCCUGACCACACAGAGAGGACUUACUCUGCCCGCGUCAGCACAGAAGUAACGUUACGGCCAGGAGCUGGCGUUUUCCCUCUACACAAGGCAGCCAGCCUCACUUCUACACACUAUUGCACCGAGAGGCGGCCUGAGCACUGGGGGGUUGCUGAAAAGCCAUCUGGAAGCAGCAGCAGUGUUCUACAAAGGCAGACCACAGGCAGCCUUUGCCUGCCUGCCACCUCCCACCUCCCACGUAGAUGUCAGAGAAGCCAUUCCCUGGGUGAGAGUGCGUCCCCUCUUUCCAGGGAUGCCCUUGCAGACGAGGCUGGUGCCAGUGAGUCUCCGUUUAAGAUCUCUGACAUCCACGUGACGGGUGAGUCGGAGGACAUGUCUGCAAAGGAGAGGCUGCUCCUGUGGACCCAGCAGGCCACGGAGGGCUAUGCUGGGGUCCGGUGUGAAAACUUCACCACCUGCUGGAGAGACGGGAAACUCUUCAACGCCAUCAUUCAUAAGUACAGGCCGGACCUGAUAGAUAUGAAUACUGUUGCUGUUCAAAGCAACCUUGCAAAUUUAGAGCACGCUUUCUAUGUAGCUGAGAAGAUUGGUGUUAUAAGACUUCUGGACCCUGAAGAUGUGGAUGUCUCUUCGCCUGAUGAGAAGUCCGUAAUAACGUAUGUGUCCUCUCUCUACGAUGCCUUCCCAAAAGUACCCGAAGGCGGUGAAGGCAUUGGUGCAAAUGAUGUUGAAGUCAAAUGGAUCGAAUACCAGAACAUGGUGAACUACCUCAUGCAGUGGAUCAGACACCACGUGACCACAAUGUCUGAGAGAACGUUUCCUAAUAACCCCGUAGAACUAAAGGCACUUUAUAAUCAGUAUUUACAGUUCAAAGAAACUGAAAUUCCACCAAAGGAGACAGAAAAAUCCAAAAUUAAACGCUUAUAUAAAUUAUUAGAGAUUUGGAUAGAAUUUGGCCGCAUCAAACUCCUCCAAGGGUAUCAUCCGAAUGACAUAGAAAAGGAGUGGGGCAAACUCAUCAUCGCCAUGCUGGAGAGAGAGAAGGCACUUCGCCCCGAAGUGGAGAGGCUGGAAAUGCUGCAGCAGAUUGCCCACCGAGUCCAGAGGGACAGUGUCCUCUGUGAAGACAAACUGAUCCUGGCCCGGAAUGCACUCCAGUCUGAUUCCAAGAGAUUAGAAUCAGGGCUGCAGUUUCAGAAUGAAGCCGAGAUUGCCGGGUACAUACUUGAAUGUGAGAACCUCUUACACCAGCAUGUGAUUGACGUGCAGAUUCUUCUCGAUGGAAAGUACUACCAGGCAGAUCAGUUGGUACAGAGGGUCGCUGAGCUCCGUGAGGAAACUUUGGCCUUAAGGAGCGAGUGUGCCUCGGUGUACAGCAAAGGACGCGUGCUGACCUCGGAGCGGACAAAGCUCAUGAUAUCAGGGAUCACGCAGGGUUUACAUGCGGGGUUCGCGCAGACCUUAAACCCUUGUCUGAACUCAGGGCUGACCCAGAGUUCAGCUCCUUCCCUGACCUCUUCCAGUGUGACUUCCGGCCUGUCAUCAGGGCUGACCUCCCGCCUCACUCCCUCAGUUACCCCAGUGUAUGCUCCUGGUCUUCCGGCAGGAUUAGUUCCAAAUUUCAGUGCAGGAGUAGAGCCGGCUUCCUUGCAGACUCUGAAAUUGAUGCGGAUCCGAAAACCACUUGUGAAGUCAUCUUUGCUGGAUCAGAAUUUAACAGAAGAGGAAGUCAACAUGAAAUUUGUCCAGGAUCUUUUGAACUGGGUUGAUGAGAUGCAGGUGCAACUGGAUCACACUGAGUGGGGUUCAGAUUUGCCAAGUGUUGAAAGCCAUUUAGAAAAUCAUAAAAAUGUUCACCGAGCUAUUGAAGAAUUUGAAUCUAGCCUUAAAGAAGCAAAAAUCAGCGAGAUUCAGAUGACAGCACCUCUUAAGCUGACUUAUGCAGAGAAGUUGCACAGAUUAGAGAGUCAGUAUGGAAAACUCUUGAACGCAUCCAGGACUCAGGAACGCCACCUCGACACACUCCAUAAUUUUGUAAUUCGGGCAACUAAUGAACUUAUCUGGUUGAAUGAAAAAGAGGAGGAGGAAGUUGCUUAUGACUGGAGUGAGAGAAAUACCAACAUAGCUCGGAAAAAAGAGUAUCAUGCUGAAUUAAUGCGAGAACUUGACCAAAAGGAAGAAAAUAUUAAAUCAGUCCAGGAGAUAGCAGAUCAGCUACUUCUAGAAAAUCACCCAGCCCGGUUGACUAUUGAGGCCUACAGAGCAGCCAUGCAGACACAGUGGAGCUGGAUCUUACAACUCUGCCAGUGUGUGGAGCAGCACAUCAGAGAGAACACUGCGUACUUUGAGUUUUUCAAUGAUGCCAAAGAAGCCACAGAUUACUUGAGGAAUCUGAAAGAUGCCAUCCAGCGGAAAUAUAGCUGCGACAGAUCAAGCAGCAUCCACAGGCUGGAAGACCUUGUGCAGGAGUCGAUGGAAGAGAAAGAACAACUCCUGCAGUACAAGAGCACGGUAGCCAGCCUGGUGGGCCGAGCAAAAACAGUAAUUCAGCUGAAGCCAAGGAAUCCUGAGUGUUCACUCAAAACCUCUGUCCCUAUCCAGGCUCUCUGCGACUACAGACAGAUCGAGAUAACGAUUUACAAAGAUGACGAGUGUGUGCUGGCCAACAACUCUCACCGUGCCAAGUGGAGGGUCAUCAGCCCCACAGGGAACGAGGCGAUGGUCCCUUCUGUGUGCUUCACCGUGCCGCCACCCAACAAAGAGGCAGUCGACUUUGCAAACAGAAUUGAGCAGCAGUAUCAGAAUGUCCUGGCUCUAUGGCAUGAGUCCCACAUAAACAUGAAGAGUGUGGUGUCCUGGCACUACCUCAUCAAUGAAAUUGAUAGGAUUCGAGCCAGCAGUGUGGCCUCGAUCAAGACCAUGUUGCCUGGUGAACAUCAACAAGUCCUCAGUAAUCUGCAGUCUCGAUUUGAAGAUUUCCUGGAGGAUAGCCAAGAAUCCCGGGUUUUUUCAGGGUCCGAUAUAACACAGCUGGAAAAGGAGGUUAACGUGUGCAAGCAGUAUUAUCAAGAACUUCUUAAGUCUGCAGAAAGAGAGGAGCAAGAGGAAUCAGUCUAUAAUCUCUACAUCUCUGAAGUUCGGAACAUUAGGCUUCGCUUGGAGAACUGUGAAGACCGGUUGAUCAGGCAGAUCCGAACUCCCCUGGAACGAGAUGAUGUGCAUGAAAGUGGGUUCCGAAUCACAGAGCAGGAGAAACUAAAGAAAGAGCUGGAACGACUUAAAGAUGACUUGGCAACAAUCACAAAUAAAUGUGAAGAAUUCUUUAGUCAAGCAGCCACCUCUGCCUCCGUCCCCACCCUGCGAUCUGAGCUCAGCGUGGUUCUUCAGAACAUGAACCACGUCUACUCCAUGUCCUCCACUUACAUAGAGAAGUUGAAAACGGUUAAUUUAGUAUUGAAAAAUACUCAAGCUGCAGAGGCUCUUGUAAAACUCUAUGAAACCAAACUGUGUGAAGAAGAAGCAGUUGUGGCUGACAAGAACAAUAUUGAGAACCUAAUGAGCACUCUAAAGCAAUGGCGAUCUGAAGUAGACGAGAAGAGGGAGGUGUUCCACUCUUUGGAGGAUGAGCUGCAGAAAGCAAAAGCCGUCAGUGAUGAAAUGUUUAAGACAUACAAAGAACGGGACCUUGAUUUUGACUGGCACAAAGAAAAGGCAGAGCAGCUAGCUGAGAGGUGGCAGAAUGUGCAUGUGCAGAUUGACCACAGGCUACGGGAUCUGGAGGGCAUUGGGAGGUCACUGAAGAACUACAGAGACACCUAUCACCCUUUAGAUGACUGGAUCCAACAGGUGGAAACAACACAGAGGAAGAUUCAGGAAAAUCAGCCUGAAAACAGCAAAACUUUAGCCACACAGUUGAACCAACAGAAAAUGCUGGUAUCUGAGAUAGAAAUGAAACAGAGUAAAAUGGAUGACUGCCAAAAACAUGCAGAGCAAUACUCGGCAACAGUAAAGGACUAUGAAUUACAAACAAUGACCUACCGGGCCAUGGUGGACUCUCAACAGAAAUCCCCUGUGAAGCGCCGAAGAAUGCAGAGCUCUGCGGAUCUCAUUAUUCAAGAGUUCAUGGACCUGCGGACUCGGUACACUGCCCUGGUCACUCUCAUGACCCAGUAUGUUAAAUUUGCUGGUGACUCACUGAAGAGGCUGGAGGAGGAGGAGAAGUCUCUGGAAGAAGAAAAGAAAGAACAUGUUGAAAAAGCGAAAGAAUUGCAGAAAUGGGUGUCAAACAUGACCAAGACCUUGAGGAACGGGGAGAAGGCUGGGAAACCUCUUUUCUCUAAGCAGAAGAUUUCCAGUGAAGAAAUAUCAACCAAGAAGGAACAAUUGUCUGAAACACUUCAAACUAUGCAGCUCUUUCUGGCUAAACAUGGAGACAAGAUAAUGGAAGAAGAAAGAAAUGAAUUGGAAAAACAAGUGAAAACUCUUCAAGAAGGUUACAAUUUAUUAUGCAGCGAGUCUCUGAAACAACUGCAAGAAUCACAGAGCUCGGGAGCUGUGAAGGUGGAUGAGAAGCUGGGGAGAGUGAUUGCGGGCACCAUUGACCAGACGACUGGAGAAGUCCUCUCAGUGUUCCAGGCUGUUCUGAGGGGGCUUGUGGAUUUUGACACGGGGGUCAGGUUGCUUGAGACACAGCUAAUGAUUUCUGGCUUGAUUUCACCAGAAUUGGGAAAGUGCUUUGACCUCCAGGAGGCCAAAAAUCAUGGCCUUAUUGAUGAGCAAUUCCUGUGCCAACUUGAAGAAGUAAAUAAAGCCAAGCAGAUUAUUUCUUCAGUGCCACCCACCACAAUCCCUGUACUAGAUGCCUUGGCUCAAGGCCUGCUAUCAGAAGCCAUGUCCAUUAAAGUUCUGGAGAUCCUGCUUGCCUCAGGCAUGCUGGUUGCUCCCACCAUGGGGGAACGGUGGACUCUACCGAAGGCUUUCCAGCAGAACUUGAUCUCCUCAGCACUGUUGUCAAAAGUGUUGGAAAGGCAACAUCUAUGCAGAGAUCUCAUUGAUCCAUGCACCUCUGAGAAGGUGUCUUUAAUGGAUAUGGUACAAAGAAGUAUUUUACAGGAAGACACUAGGAUGUGGCUUCUUCCUGUGAGACCGCAAGAAGGGGGAAGAAUAACUUUAAAAUGUGGGAGAAGCCUGAGUAUUUUGCGAGCAGCCCAUGAAGGUCUCAUAGAUAGAGAGACCAUGUUCAGGUUACUGGGUGCACAGCUUCUGUCUGGUGGUCUGAUCGAUUGCAACUCUGGCAAAAAAAUGACGGUGGAAGAAGCCACAGCAGCAGGGGUGAUUGACAGAGACACUGCCCACAGCAUUCUUGCUUACCAGGUUCAGACAGGUGGAAUCAUCCGCUCAAACUCCGCUCAGCGCCUCACGGUAGACGAAGCUGUCCAGUGCGACCUCAUCACUUCCAGCAGCGCUCUCUUGGUCCUUGAGGCUCAGCGAGGCUAUGUUGGUCUCAUAUGGCCCCACUCUGGUGAAAUAUUCCCCACAUCAUCUUCUUUGCAUCAAAACUUGAUUACAAAUGAGUUGGCCUACAAAAUUCUGAAUGGCAGGCAGAAAAUAGCUGCCCUUUAUAUCCCAGAAAGCUCUCAGGUCAUCGGUUUGGAUGUUGCUAAGCAGCUAGGAAUUAUAGAUGAUAACACAGCAUCAAUACUAAAAAACAUAAUACUACCAGAUAAAAUGCCGGACUUGGGAGAUUUAGAAGCUUGUAAAAACACUAGAAGAUGGCUCUCUUUUUGUAAAUUCCACCCAUCUACAGUUCAUGAUUAUAGGCAAGAAGAAGAUGCUUUUGAUGGUGAAGAGCCAGUGGCACCCCAGAGCUCAGAACAAGCCAGGAAGUUAUUCUUGUCUUACUUGAUGGUUAAUAGCUACAUGGACGCAAACACAGGACAGAGGCUUUUGCUGUAUGAUGGAGACCUGGAGGAGGCUGUGAGGAUGCUGCCGCCAGGCUGCAGUGCAGAGGUGGACGUGGCUGCUGGCGCCAUGCGGCCAGGCUGUAGCUCAGAGCCACAGGAGGAGGACGCGCUAGCGAAGGGAAGGCCCAAAGCCUCAGCUUUCCCUGGCGAGUUUCUCAAUCGUCCAAGGAAAGAAGAGGAUGAGUGGUCAGCCUCACUAGCUGGUGUUGAUAAGUGUCACUGCGGAGAGCUUGAACAUCAAGAGACGUGUGAAAACAGAAAGUGUGCUAUGGAGGAAGAGUUUGGUGAAAUGGGAAAUAAUUUUAGGUGUAGAGAAAUGUGCCAGUCAGAAAGCCUGGAAAAUACAACAGUACCCAAUCAGAAAGCUGAUCAUUUAGCUGGUGUCUGUGUCCCCAAUCCUAUGUCCUAUCGACCAGUGAUGGAACGUGAAGAAACCGGCAAACUUAGACAUGGCCCCGAAAACACGCCUAAAGCCUGUGAAAACCAAAGUCAGCUUGAAACAAAGGAACAUGGAGAUUGCUGUGGUCGUUCAGAUGUUGCAGGUGAUUUGAUAACAGACCCUAUUGUGAAAUCAAAGACUCAUGGACUCUGUGAGCUGAGUAAGAGAGAGAAUGAGGAUACUACAGAUAAGGAGUCAUCCGUCUUUGACUAUUCUCCAAGGCUGAGUGCCUUGCUCAGUCAUGAUAAACUGAGGUAUAGGCACAGAGAUUUCCAUGAUGAACAUACCCCAGAGAAUAAGGAAAACAAAUGUGAAGCUUCUACAUUGUUGUUCAGUGACAAGCAUGUGUUAGCAGAUCAAAGAAUGGGAGAAAAUUUUCAGGACCAGUUCCUGGGGAUUGCAGCAAUUAAUAUCAGCCAGGGAAAUCACUCUGAAGAAAAACCUUUAAACAUGGGUUGUAACAGUCCUCAAGAAUGUCAUGAUGACAGAUAUACGUCAGGUACUUGCAGUGAGAGUGGACAUCUUCCUAGUGCUUCUCAGAAGAAAUCCAAAGAAAAGCAACCUGACCUGGAAGUGGAAGAGUCCUGGGCCCUAACUCAGUGGUAUGAAUUGGAUAAUGCCAAUGUAUCUCAUAUUUCCAGCAUGCCAUUGCAUGAAGAAACCAUCAGUGUGGGGGAAUAUGAAACGUCCCUGCUAGAUGAGCAGCAGAGUGAGACAGGGACAGACACGGAGAGUGAUGAUUUCUAUGACACCCCCUCCUGGGACGAGGACGACCAUGAUUCUCUGCUUCUUGAAGGUGAUGACUGUGAUAGUUUGCAGCCCGAGGACUGUGUUGCCCUGGGAGAGGGGAGCGAGACCUCUCCUUCUGGAGAUAGCCUGUGUGUGAGGGGUAAAGCACAGUGUCCUCAGCAUCGCUUUGGUAGUGAGAAAGGUGAGUUCUGUGUUGAUGACAAAGAACUUUCAAGUUCACUUGGCUCAGAUGAGGCGAACAUACUGUCCCUGGAAGCCGUGUCAGACAGGGAAGAUGCCAGGGACCAGGAAGGUGAGGAGUCUGGUUCCUUGGCUGAGUAUGAAAUUACUGGAAGGAAAGGGAGUGCUGGUACUUCAUUACCACAGGCUGACACUGGUAGCUGGAGAGCGAGAAAAGAAGAGUAUGAAAGUGAGCAAGGGUCUCAGUCUGAUAGGGAUCAUUUCGAUUCUGUGCAAGGUGAAGAAAGUUACGAGGACUGUGUAUAUGACAGUAAUGAUCAGGAAGAGGAUGACGAUUAUGAUGAUGAUGGGGAUGGUGAAGGGGGAGAGAUCAGAGCUGAGAUUGGAGAGUUCAUGUGCCAGGAUGAAGCUGAAAGUGGUGUUCACUUGUGCGCCAUUGCUGUAGGGGAAGAUCAGAGUACCAACAGAAUGAUUCUGGAUAAAGUGCACAAUUGCAGUUCUUCUGUGAGAUGGCCGGGUAUAAAUGCUUUACAGCAAGAAACAACUAGUAUAAGUAGCUUAGCUACUGAGAGCCUCCCAGAACAUAAAACAGAGGCUGCUGGAAAAACUAAAGACAAUCUUUUAAGUCAUGAGAUGGCACUUCAAGAUAAAUUGCCACUGGUCAGUGAAGACACAUCAGAAAAGCAUGUUAGCCUGUGUACACACACUACCAGUUCACCUUGUGAGUUCGCUAAUGAGCGGAUGCACACAAAUAGCAACUUGAUUGAAAGGCCAGAUGGUGAUCAGUAUCUCCAGAAAGUGGUGUGUUCUGACCCCGAGUGUGUAGGAAUACCUUAUGAGGAAAGCCAGUGGUCAAAUACAACUCCUAAAAGUGACAGAGAUCACCAAGGAAACAGAAAAGGUCCAGCUCUAGAAGGAGGUGGGGAAAGCAGUGUGCUAACAGAAGAAGAAACAUCAGUUCAGAAGACAGGCACAGGUGGAAGAGAACUCCUGGAAGACCCAGAAAAUGAAGAAAAAUACCCCGAACUUUCACCAAAUAAAAGCACAAGGGAGAGUCUUGAUUUAGUUGAGAGUCAGUUUCCAGUUCCACAUUUCACAAAUGUUGAGGAAUUUAAUCAGAAAGGAAGUGUUAAAGCAAUAAGUGUAACUCUCCAAGAUGAAGCAAAGCAUGUGCAGAUGAUGGUUAGUACAAGUCCUGUUCAAUUUGUGAAUCUUGAGGAAAUAUUUGACACUUCAGCUUCCAAAGUGACCGAUGAUGGCAUUGCUUCAGAUAUUACAGUGUUUGAAGGGAAUAAUGGUGCUAAGAAAGAUUCCUUCACCGAAGGACCCAAGGAAGAGCUUGAGCUCUCUAUUCCUGUAAAAAGUUGUGCUGGAGGUGUAGAAACACCAGUUGGACUGAAGCAAAACAAAGAUACCCCAAGCCUCGCCUUGGAAGCUGCCUGUCCUGAGAAAGAUUUCCAUAAUGCACAGAAGUCAGCCCCUCCACAGGCCCACGGGGCUAUAAGGGAGAUGGCCCAGCACAGCGACCUUUGUGCUAAAGAAAGAGUCUCCCAAGGAGGAAGAGAGGUCCCUCAGAUCAUUCCAGGAAGCAACCAAGCCACACUUCCAGUUCUACCUCAUGGGGGAAGUACUGAUUUGGGGCAGUCAGAGCUCUGCCUGAAUGGGGUGAAAAAUGACUCCAACAGUGCUUUGGACUUGGGCAGCUAUUUAAUGGAAACAAACCACAAGAAAGAAAGGGCUCAUUUACAGCUCCUGAAAGAACUACCCUGGUCUCCAGGAGCUCAAGAGAAGGAAGCUCAGAUUCCUCAGUUGUCAGAGGUGGUCAUGGAAGAGGUAAAGAGUAUCUUAAAAGGCAGAUUGACUCAAGAUUGUAUGAAUCCUCAAGAUAUGGGAAACACUUCAGCUUGUGUAGACGCUAAGAUUUUAAUUCAGAACUUGAUUCAGAGUGUUGUCUCAUCACAGUGGGUAAAUGAAGCAUCUGGCAUGCCUGCUGACUGCAAAAUCAUAGACUACCCCGGUUCCCCUCCACACACCUCAUCAGAACCGAGGGCGGAGGGGACUGAUGAUCCUUUCUGCAUUCCACAUCUGACAUUUGAACUUCUCCUCGAUAGACUGAGACAAAGUCAGCAGAGCCAGAAAAUUAUUGGAGCCUUUGAGUUGAUGAGAGAAUUUGUCCCAGCAGACUGGGGUGUGGAGAGUCGAGCUGACCCACCUAGAGUGCUUCCCCUGGAACUUGGAAGCCUUUUCUACAGGCUGCUGGCUGAUGGGCAUCCAGGGAGAGGGGACGGGCUAGGAGUCUUGAGUCAGAAGGCAUGCCCGCCCUCUGCAGUGGGUGGAGAAAAGCCACAUGUUUGUGCUGACCUAGAAAGCAAAGAAGAAACCCACUGUUUCCUUAACUUACCAUCCAUAAAAGAGUCUGGACUAGAAAGUUCUCCCACAUGUGCCUUGGUGUUGCCAAGAGAUAAGAGGCUGGAGGGGUCACAAGAUGAUUUGCCAAGCCAUUUGGAAUGUGUUCCUGGGCCUAAAGAAAUGCCUUCUGGAGACAAUGCAAUGGAAAAAUUUUCCAGUGAGUUACAACAAUGUUUGCAGCACACUGAAAAAAUGCAUGAGUACCUGGCUUUGCUUCAAGAUCUGAACCCCCCAUUGGAUAACCAGGAGUCUGUGGAUAACAAUCUAGAAGCUUUAAGGACUCAACUUAAACAGCUGGAGACAUUUGAAUUGGGAUUGGCUCCGAUUGCUGUGAUUUUAAGAAAAGAUUUGAAGUUGGCAGAAGAGUUCUUGAAGUCUCUUCCCAGUGACUUUUCCAGAAGACAUUGCGAGGAAUUGAGUGCCAGCUACCACAACCUGCAGGCCACCUUCACUUCCCUUCUCAGUGCAUGCUCAGAAAGAAAGCGGCACGCCACGCUGGCAAUGGACUCUGAAAAGUCUAAACUAGCCAUUUCCCACGAAGACUUCCUGUGUAAACUCCAGUCCUUCUCAGACUGGGUGUCAGAGAGGGGCAGCUCUGCACAGGCCAUCGGGACUGUGGACACCCAGGAUGCCGAACGAGGGAAGAAGAACUUGGAGUUCCUGAAGACAAUGAUGAAAGACCUGGGACAUACCAAAGCGCGGCUGGAGGCCACAGCCUUUGACGUCCAGUUCUUCAUUUCUGAGCAUGCCCAGGAUCUGUCCCCCGACCAGAGCAGGCAGCUGCUGAGGCUCCUGAACACCACUCAGAAGUGCCUUCUCGACGUGCAGGAGUCUGUAGUGGCCCAGGUGGAAAGGCUAGAGACUCAGUUACAGCUAGAGCAGGACCGUGACGACCAGAAGAUGGUGACUGAACGUCAGCAGGAGUACAAAGAGAAACUCCAGGGGGUAUGCGACCUCCUUACCCAAACUGAAAACCGUCUGAUCGGCCACCAAGAAGCCUUUGUGAUUGGAGAUGGCACGGUAGAGUUGAAGAAGUACCAGUCCAAGCAAGAGGAAUUACAGAAAGAUAUGCAAGGAAGUGCACAGGCAUUGGCAGAAAUAGUGAAAAACACAGAGAACUUCCUAAGAGAGAGUGGUGGAAAGCUGUCCCCGGAAGACAAGGCUCUGAUUGAGCAGAAGCUGAGCGACGCGAAGGUCAAGUGUGAGCAGCUCCACGUGAAGGCGGAGCAGUCCCGGAAGGAGCUGGACAAGGUUAUGAGGACAGCGCUCCAGGAAGAGACGGAAAAGGUCGCAGCUGUGAGGCAGCUGGAAGAGAACAGAACUAAAAUUGAAAAUCUUCUGGACUGGCUGGACUCGGAAAGGGCCGGGGCGGAGCACACCCAGGUCAUCCAGCAGAACGGGACCCAUCUUCAGGAAGGCAGCGGCAAGUCAGAGGUCGGCGAGGAGGAUGAAGUCAACGGGAACCUGCCCGGAACGGAUGCCAGGGGCCACGUUGUGGGCACCGAGCAGCCUCUGGACUGGCAAUACCAGAAGGUCAAGGCCCAGCACGAGAAGCUCAUGGCUCAGCACCAAGCCGUCAUCAUCGCCACGCAGUCUGCGCAGACACUGCUUGAGAGGCAGGGCCACCUCCUGGCCCCCGAGGAGAGGAAGAAGCUGCAGCAGAACGUGAAGGACCUGAAAGCCCAUUACGAGACGGCGCUGAAUGAGGCGGAGAGGAGGGUCAAGCUGACACACUCACUGCAGGAAGAGCUGGAGAAGUUCGAGGCGGAUCACCGUGAGUUUGAGCACUGGCUGGAGCAGUCUGAGCAGGAGCUGGAGAACCUGGAGGCCGGAGCGGAUGACUUCAGUGGGCUGAUGGCCAAGCUGAAGAGGCAGAAGAGUUUCUCUGAAGACGUGAUCGCUCACAAGGGCGACCUGAGGUACAUCACCAUGUCAGGAAACAGGGCCUUGGAAGCCGCCAGGUCCUGCUGCCGGGGAGACCAGGACGGCAUGGACACCUCUGCCGCGCACCGAGAGGUGCAGAGCAAGCUGGACCGGGCCACUGACCGCUUCAGGUCCCUCUACACGAAGUGCAGCAUCCUUGGAAAUAACCUUAAAGAUCUGGUGGAUAAAUACCAGCACUACGAAGACGCUUCCUGUGGCCUUCUUUCUGGGCUCCAGGCCUGUGAGGCUGCAGCGAGCAAACAUCUAUGUGAGCCUGUUGCUGUGGACCCCAAAAAUUUGCAAAGGCAGCUGGAGGAGACCAAGGCUCUGCAAGGUCAGAUCUCCAGUCAGCAGGUUGCUGUGGAGAAGCUGAAGAAGACUGCAGACGUGCUUCUGGAUGCCGGAGGGGCCUUGCUUCCAGCCAGGAAUGACAUCCAGAGGACACUGGACGAUAUCGUUGGGAGAUAUGAUGAUCUGUCCAGGUCUGUGAAUGAACGAAACGAAAGACUGCAGAUCACGCUGACACGCUCCCUGAGUGUCCAGGACGGCCUGGACGACAUGCUGGACUGGAUGGGAGGUGUGGAGAGGUCGCUGGCUGAGCCAGGCCUGCUGCCCCUGAGCUCCGCAGCCCUCCAGGAGCUCAUCACCAGAAACAUCAUACUGGAACAGGACAUCGCAGGGCGUCAGAGCAGUGUAAAUGCCAUGAAUGAGAAGGUGAAGGCAUUCAUGGAGACCACAGAUCCCUCCACUGCUUCCUCACUGCAGGCAAAAAUGAAGGACUUGUCUGCCAGGUUUUCAGAAGCUAGGCAUAAGCACCAAGAAAAACUCGCCAAAAUGGAAGAGCUGAAAACCAAAGUGGAACUGUUCGAGAACCUCUCAGAGAAGCUCCAAACAUUUCUAGAAACAAAAACUCAGGCUCUCACUGAGGCAGAUGUGCCAGGAAAAGAUGUUACGGAAUUGUCUCAGUGCAUGCAGGAAUCAACUUCUGAAUUCUUAGAACGCAAGAAUGAUCUUGAAGCUUUGCAUGGUCUCUUAAAGGAGAUAUGCAACCAUGGCUUACCAGGAGAUAAAGCUCUAGUUUUUGAAAAGACAAAUAACUUGUCCAAGAAAUUCAAAGAAAUGGAAGAUACCAUCAAAGAAAAAAAAGAAGCUGUAACUUCUUGUCAAGAGAAGCUAGAAGCUUUCCAAGUCCUUGUGAAAUCACUGAAGUCAUGGAUAAAAGAAACAACAGAGAAUGUUCCUGGAGUACAGCCUUCCCUGGGUGCCAAGGAUUUAGAAAGAUCUCUAGAAGAAACUCAGAAAUUACAGGAAGAGUGGAGUUCAAAAAGUACAGAAAUUCAGAAAGUCAACAGUAGUGGGACCUCACUGUGUAACCUCAUGAGUGCCUUGACCACGCCUGCCAAAGCCAUGGCGGCAGUUAAACCAGGUGGAGUCAUGUUAAAUGGUGAGGGAACAGAUACAAACACCCAAGAAUUUUUGGCAAAUAAAGCUUUAACAUCCAUUAAAAAGGACAUGACUGACAUAAGUCAUGGCUAUGAAGACCUUGGCCUCUUACUCAAGGACAGGCUAGCAGAACUCAACUCUAAACUGUCCAGAUUGCAAAGGGCUCAGGAAGAAUCAAGCACAAUGAUGCAGUGGUUACAGAAGAUGAACAAAACUGCCACAAAGUGGCACCAGACACCAACGCCUACUGACGUGGAAGGUGUGAAGACUCAGGUUGAGCAGAAUAAGUCAUUUGAAGCAGAACUGAAGCAAAAUGUAAACAAGGUCCAGGAGUUGAAAGACAGACUGACAGAGCUGGUGGAGGAGAGCCCUGAUGCUCCUGAGGCCCCCAAGUGGAAGCGAAUGCUGAUGGACAUAGAUUCUAGGUGGCAAGAACUCAACCAAUUGACAGUUGAUAGACAUCAAAAGCUGGAAGAGUCCUCCAAUAACCUAACCCAAUUCCAGACUGCAGAGACCCAGUUAAAACAGUGGCUUGUGGAGAAGGAGCUUAUGGUCAAUGUCCUGGGGCCCUUGUCAACUGACCCGAACAUGCUGAGCACCCAAAGACAGCAGGUGCAGAUCCUGCUGCAAGAAUUUGGCACACGGAGGCCCCAGUACGAGCAGCUGGUGGCCGCGGGGCAGGGCAUCCUGAGCCGACCCGGAGAGGACCUCUCCUCACACGACAUCGUGAGGGAGCAGCUGGCAGCCGUGACCCAGAAGUGGGAUGGCCUGACGGGACAGUUGAGUGACAGAUGCGACCGGAUUGACCAAGCCAUUGUGAAAAGCACCCAGUAUCAGAGCCUGCUGCGAGGGCUUUCUGACAAGCUGGCCGAGCUGGACAACCGGCUCGGCCUCGCCUUGAGCGCCGGCCCAGGUGCUGUGAACCAGCAGCUGGAAGCGGCCCAAGAGCUGCAGCAGGACAUAGAGCAGGAGAAGCAGCAGAUAAAAGCAGCGCGGGAGGUCAGCGAGGACUUGGCAGCCCUGGUGAGGGAGGAGUACUUGAAGGCCGAGCUCACCAGGCAGCUGGAGGGUGUCGUAAAGUCAUUCCACGACGUUGAGCACAAAGCAGAGAAUCAUGUCCAGCACCUUCGAUCAGCCUGUGCAAGCUCUCAUCAAUUUCAACAAAUGUCCAGAGAUUUCCAGGCUUGGUUGGAUACCAAGAAAGAAGAGCAAGCCAGGGCUCAUCCAAUAUCAGCCAAAUUUGAUGUCCUGGAGUCCUUAAUUAAAGAUCAGAAAGACUUUGGCCAAACCUUGACUGCCCAGUCGACUGUUUAUGAGAAAACCAUGGCAGAAGGCGAGAAUCUGCUACUGAAAACACAAGGGGCCGAGAAGGCAGCCUUGCAGCUGCAGCUCAACACCAUUAAAACCACCUGGGACGGAUUCAAGCAGCAGACGAAGGACAGAGAGACCAAGUUACAGGAUGCUUUGGAGAAAGCACUCAAGUACAGAGCGCACGUGGAGACCCUCCAGCCCUGGAUCGAGACGUGCCAGCACAGCCUGGACCAGGUGACGUUCUGUCUGGAUCCUGCUGAGACGGAGCGCUCUCUUGCCAAGCUCAAGUCUCUUCAGAAGGAAAUGGACCAGCACUUUGGCAUGGUGGAGCUCCUGAGCAGCACAGCUGCAUGUCUGCUCAGUGUGUGCGAGGUGGACAAGGAGGUUGUUACCAACGAGAGCACCUCGGUGGUGCAGAAGGUCCACCUGGUCACAGAGCAGCUUCACAGCAAGAAAUCCUCCCUGGAGAACAUGGCCCAGAAGUGGAAAGAGCUACAGGAAGUUUCCAGAGACGCUGAGAGGCAGCUGCAGUGUGCGAAGGAACAGCUGAGUGUCCAUGACUCACUGGGCCCGCAGGCUCACAGCAGCAAACACCUGAGCGUGCUGCAGGCUCAGCAGAGAUCUCUGCAGAGCACAGGGCAGCAGGUGGAUGCGGCCAAAAGGCUCGUGCAAGACCUUGUGGCGGGGGCUGCGGAUGCGAAGGGGACCGUGGAGGUUUUACUGCAGGUGGAGACGUUGGUUCAGGAGCACAGCACACUGAGCCAGCAGGUGGCAGACAGGUGUUCCUUCCUAGAGACCAAACUUCAGGGCAUUGGGCACUUUCAGAAUUCCAUCCGAGAGAUGUUCUCCCAGUUUGCAGAGUGCGAUGAUGAGCUGGAUGGUAUGGCCCCCGUGGGGAGAGAUAGGAACACACUGCAGAAUCAAAGGGAGGCCAUCCAAGCCUUUCUGAAGAAACUAGAAGCCCUCAUGGCGAGCAACGACAAUGCCAAUAAAACCUGCAAGAUGAUGCUGGCCUCGGAGGAAACCACUCCUGACCUGGUGGGAAUCAAAAGGGACUUGGAGGCCUUGAGCAAGCAGUGCCACAAGCUGCUAGACCGCGCCCAAGCCCGCGCUGAGGAGGUGGCAGCCACCAGCGAGCGCCUCGGCGAGUUCUACAGCAAGCUGGGAGACUUCUCCGAUGGACUCCAGAAGGCCGAGGCGCACGAGGAGUCCCAGGGUCCCGUGGGCACGGAAACGGAGGCCAUCAAUCAGCAGCUUGAGACAUUCAAGGUGUUUCAGAAAGAAGAGGUGGAGCCUCUGCAGGUGCAGCAGCAGGAUGUGAACUGGCUGGGCCAAGGUCUCAUUCAGAGCGCUGCCAAGAGCACCAGCACCCAGGGCCUGGAGCAGGACCUGGACGAGGCCAACGCACGGUGGAAGACGCUCAACAAGAAGGUGGCGCAGCGGGCGGCGCAGCUGCAGGCCGCCCUGCUGCACUGCGGGAGGUUCCAGGAUGCUCUGGAGUCCCUGCUCAGCUGGAUGGCAGACACGGAGGAGCUGGUGGCCAAUCAGAAGCCUCCCUCGGCAGAGUUCAAAGUGGUGAAAGCCCAGAUCCAGGAGCAGAAGCUUCUCCAACGAUUAUUGGAUGACCGCAAGUCUACCGUGGAGGUUAUCAAGCGGGAGGGAGAAAAGAUCGCUGCCACUGCGGAGCCCGCGGACAGGGCGAAGGUGGUGAAGCAGCUGGGCCUGCUGGACAGCAGAUGGGAGGCCUUGCUGGGGAAAGCAGAGGCCAGGAAUCGUCAGUUGGAAGGUAUCUCAGUGGUAGCCCAGCAGUUUCAUGAAACCUUAGAACCGCUGAAUGACUGGCUGACGACUGUAGAGAAGAGGCUGGCAAACUGCGAGCCCAUAGGAACCCAAGCAUCCAAACUGGAGGAGCAAAUUGCCCAGCACAAAGCCUUAGAAGAUGACAUCAUGACUCACAAUAAACAUUUACACCAGGCUGUUAGCAUUGGCCAGUCCUUAAAGGUUUUGAGCUCCAGGGAGGAUAAGGAUAUGGUGCAGAGUAAACUAGACACCUCGCAAGUGUGGUACAUUGAGAUUCAAGAGAGAAGUCACAGCAGGUCUGAGCUCCUCCAGCAGGCCUUAUGUAAUGCUAAGAUUUUCGGGGAGGAUGAAGUUGAGCUGAUGAACUGGCUGAAUGAAGCGCAUGGCAAGCUCAGCCAACUCAAAGUCCAGGAGUGCAGCCCCGAGGGACUGUGGAAGCAGCAGGCCGAGCUUCGGAUUCUACAAGAGGACAUCCUACUCCGGAAACAGAGUGUGGAUCAGGCACAACUGAAUGGCUUAGAACUACUCAAACAAACCACAGGUGAUGAAGUUGUAAUCAUCCAAGAUAAAUUGGAAGUCAUUAAAGCAAGGUACAAAGACAUUACAAAGCUGAGCAGCGACGUGGCGGAGACUCUGGAGCAAGCCCUGCAGCUCUCCAGGCGGCUGCACACCACGCACGAGGAGCUGAGCACCUGGCUGGGCCAAGUGGAGGUGGAAAUGCUCUCCUUUGAGUCACAGGUUCAGAAAGCGGAAGCAAGCCAGGCGCAGGCCCGACAGAAGGAACUGAAAAAGGAAAUUAAGAACAACAAAGCCUUAUUGGACUCCCUGAAUGAAGUCAGCACCGCCUUGCUGGAGCUGGUCCCCUGGAGGGCCAGAGAGGGGCUGGAGAGAAUGGUAGCUGAGGACAAUGAGCGCUACCGGUUGGUGAGCAACUCCAUCACUCAGAAGGUAGAGGAGAUCGAUGCUGCCAUUCUGCGGUCACAGCAGUUUGACCAGGCAGCUGAUGCCGAGUUGUCCUGGAUCAGCAACACAGAGAAAAAACUGGUGUCCCUGGGUGACAUCAGGCUUGAGCAAGACCAGACCUCCGCCCAGCUGCAAGCCCAGAAGACAUUCACCAUGGAGAUUUUGAGACACAAAGAUAUUAUCGAUGAACUUGUAAAAUCUGGGCACCAAAUCAUGACCACAGCCACUGAAGAGGAAAAGCAACCAAUGAAGAAAAAACUGGACAAGGUAUUGAAAAGCUAUGAUGCCAUCUGCCAGAUAAACUCAGAGCGGUGUCUGCAGCUUGAACGGGCACAGUCGCUGGUGAGCCAGUUCUGGGAGACAUACGAAGAGCUCUGGCCAUGGCUGACAGAAACUCAAAGAGUCAUCUCUCAGCUCCCAGCCCCCGCCCUUGAGUAUGAAACGCUGAGGCAGCAGCAGGAGGAGCACCGGCAACUGCGAGAGCUGAUAGCAGAGCACAAGCCCCACAUAGAUAAGAUGAACAAGACCGGGCCCCAGCUGCUGGAGCUGAGCCCGGGGGAAGGCUUCUCCAUCCAAGAGAAGUACGUGGCCGCCGACACCCUUUACAGUCAGAUUAAAGAGGAUGUCAAAAAGCGAGCUGUGGCCCUGGACGAAGCCAUUUCACAGUCUACCCAGUUCCAUGACAAGAUCGACCAAAUCCUGGAGAGCCUGACUCGCGUGGCGGAGCGACUCCGGCAGCCGCCGUCCAUCUCUGCAGAGGUUGAGAAGGUCAAGGAGCAGAUCAGUGACAACAAGAACGUGUCCAUGGAUAUGGAAAAGCUGCAGCCCUUGUAUGAGACGCUCAGGCAGAGGGGCGAGGAUAUGAUUGCUAGGUCGGGGGGCCCUGACAAGGAUGUCUCUGCCAAAGCUGUACAGGACAAACUGGACCGCAUGGUUUCUAUCUGGGAGGACAUCCACAUGUUGGUGGAAGAGAGGGAGGCCAAACUGCUGGAUGUGAUGGAACUUGCAGAGAAGUUCUGGUGCGACCACCUGUCUCUGGUAGUUACCACUAAAGACACACAGGACUUCAUCCGCGACCUGGAGAGCCCUGGAAUCGACCCCUCUGUUGUGAAACAGCAGCAGGAAGCAGCAGAGGCCAUCAGGGAGGAAGUGGAUGGGCUGCAGGAGGAGCUGGCUAUCGUCAUUAACCUCGGCUCCGAGCUCAUCGCCGCCUGCGGGGAGCCCGACAAACCCAUUGUGAAGAAGAGCAUCGAUGAGCUAAAUUCCGCAUGGGAUUCUCUAAACAAAGCUUGGAAAGACCGGAUCGACAAGCUUGAGGAGGCCAUGCAGACUGCAGUUCAGUACCAGGAUGGACUACAGGCAGUCUUUGACUGGGUGGACAUUGCAGGUGGGAAGUUAGCAUCGAUGUCUCCCAUCGGAACAGAUCUCGAAACCGUAAAACAGCAGAUUGAAGAGUUAAAGCAAUUUAAGUCAGAAGCCUACCAACAACAGAUAGAAAUGGAAAGACUGAACCAUCAGGCAGAACUUCUGCUGAAGAAAGUGACAGAGGAGAGCGACAAGCACACGGUGCAGGACCCUUUGAUGGAGCUGAAGCUGAUCUGGGACAGCCUGGAUGAGAGGAUUGUCAGCAGACAGCACAAGCUGGAGGGCGCGCUCCUGGCGCUGGGUCAGUUCCAGCAUGCCCUGGAUGAGCUGCUGGCCUGGCUGACGCACACUGAGGGCUUGCUCGGUGAACAGAAGCCAGUCGGCGGGGACCCCAAAGCCAUCGAAAUCGAGCUGGCCAAGCAUCACGUGCUCCAGAACGACGUGUUCGCCCACCGGUCCACCGUGGAGGCUGUGAACAGGGCGGGAAAGGAGCUUGUCGAGUCCAGCGCGGGCGAGGAAGCAAGCAGCCUCCGGCACAAGCUGCAGGGUCUCAAUCAACGCUGGCAAGGCGUUUUGGAAAAAACCGAACAAAGGAAACAGCAGCUGGAUGGUGCUUUGCUCCAGGCCAAAGGUUUCCAUGGUGAAAUUGAAGAUUUGCAGCAGUGGCUGACGGACACGGAGCGUCACCUGUUGGCAUCCAAACCUCUGGGCGGCUUACCAGAAACCGCCCAGGAGCAGCUGGACCUCCACAUGGAAGUCUGCACCGCCUUUGCUGUUAAAGAAGAAACGUACAGGAGCCUGAUGCAGAGGGGCCAGCAGAUGCUCACGGCCUCUGCAGAGACGAACAUUGACCAAGACUUAACUCACCUGAGAGAGAAGUGGGAGUCAGUGGAGACCAAGCUCAAGGAGAGGAAAACGAAGCUGGAGGAGGCGCUCAGUGUGGCGGUGGAGUUCCACACCUCCCUGCAAGACUUCAUCAACUGGCUCACGCAGGCCGAGCAGACCCUAAACCUGGCUUCGCGGCCAAGCCUCAUCCUGGACACAGUCUUAUUUCAAAUCGAUGAGCACAAGGUCUUCGCCAAUGAAGUAAAUUCUCACCGGGAGCAGAUUGUAGAACUGGACAAAACUGGAACCCACCUGAAGUACUUCAGUCAGAAACAAGAUGUCGUCCUCAUCAAGAACCUCCUGAUCAGUGUGCAGAGCCGAUGGGAGAAUGUGGUCCAGCGGUUAGUGGAGAGGGGGCGGUCCCUGGAUGAGGCGAGGAAGCGGGCCAAGCAGUUCCAUGAAGCUUGGAGUAAACUCAUGGAGUGGCUGGAAGAGUCGGAGAAGUCUCUGGAUUCUGACCUGGAGAUCGCAAAUGAUCCAGACAAAAUAAAGACCCAGCUGGCCCAUCACAAGGAGUUUCAGAAGUCCCUUGGUGCCAAGCACUCCGUCUACGAUACCACCAACCGCACAGGACGCUCCCUGAAGGAGAAAACGUCGCUGGCCGACGACACCCUGAAACUGGACAACAUGCUGAGCGAGCUCCGGGACAAGUGGGACACCAUUUGUGGGAAGUCUGUGGAGAGACAAAACAAGCUGGAGGAGGCCCUGCUGUUUUCUGGGCAGUUCACAGAUGCCCUGCAGGCCCUCAUUGACUGGCUGUACAGAGUGGAGCCCCAGCUGGCAGAGGACCAGCCUGUCCAUGGAGACCUUGACUUAGUGAUGAAUCUGAUCGAUAAUCACAAGGCCUUCCAGAAGGAGCUGGGGAAGAGGGCCGGCAGCGUGCAGGCACUCAAGCGCUCAGCCCGGGAGCUGGUGGAGGGCAGUCGGGAUGACGCGUCGUGGGUCAAGGCUCAGAUGCAGGAGCUGGGCACGCGCUGGGACUCGGUGUGCGCGCUGUCCGUCUCCAAGCAGACGCGCCUCGAGGCUGCCCUGCGCCAGGCAGAAGAGUUCCACUCUGUGGUCCACGCGCUUCUGGAGUGGCUGGCUGAGGCAGAGCAGACCCUGCGCUUCCACGGCAUUCUCCCAGAUGAUGAAGACGCUCUGCGGAUCCUCAUUGACCAGCAUAAAGAAUUCAUGAAGAAACUGGAAGAGAAAAGAGCUGAGCUCGGCAGGGCCACCAGCAUGGGCGACGCCGUCCUGGCUGUCUGCCACCCGGACUCCAUCACCACCAUCAAGCACUGGGUCACCAUCAUCCGGGCCAGGUUUGAGGAGGUGCUGGCCUGGGCAAAGCAGCACCAGCAGCGGCUGGCGGGCGCUCUGGCCGGGCUCAUCGCUAAACAAGAGCUGCUAGAGGCCCUGCUGGCCUGGCUGCAGUGGGCCGAGACCACGCUCAGUGACAAGGACAAAGAGGUCAUCCCUCAGGAGAUAGAGGAGGUGAAGGCCCUCAUUGCCGAGCACCAGACGUUCAUGGAAGAAAUGACGAGAAAACAGCCUGAUGUUGACAAAGUCACAAAGACCUACAAGCGGAGAGCAGCCGGUCCGUCGUCCUUGCAGUCCCACAUCCCUGUCCUGGAGAAGGGGCGGGCAGCAAGAAAACGCUUGGCAGCAUCAAGCUUCUACCCCUCGGCAUCGCAGACCCAGAUUGAGACCAAGAACCCCCGAGUGAACUUACUGGUGAGCAAGUGGCAGCAGGUCUGGCUUCUGGCCCUGGAGCGGAGGAGGAAGCUCAACGAUGCCCUCGACAGGCUGGAGGAGCUGAGAGAAUUUGCCAACUUCGACUUUGAUAUCUGGCGGAAAAAAUACAUGCGGUGGAUGAAUCACAAGAAAUCUCGAGUGAUGGAUUUCUUCCGGAGGAUCGACAAAGACCAGGAUGGGAAGAUCACCCGGCAGGAAUUUAUUGAUGGGAUCCUCUCCUCAAAAUUCCCAACCAGCCGUCUGGAGAUGAGCGCGGUUGCGGACAUCUUUGACCGCGAUGGGGAUGGGUACAUUGACUACUACGAGUUCGUGGCUGCCCUGCACCCAAAUAAAGAUGCAUACAAACCCAUCACAGAUGCCGACAAAAUCGAGGAUGAGGUCACGAGGCAGGUGGCUAAGUGUAAGUGUGCAAAACGGUUUCAAGUUGAACAGAUUGGGGACAACAAGUACAGGUUCUUCCUGGGAAAUCAGUUUGGAGACUCCCAGCAGCUGCGGCUGGUGCGGAUCCUGCGGAGCACCGUGAUGGUUCGAGUUGGAGGCGGGUGGAUGGCGCUGGACGAGUUCUUGGUGAAAAAUGACCCUUGCCGGGUUCACCAUCAUGGGAGUAAAAUGUUACGUUCGGAAUCAAACUCUUCAAUUACUACCACUCAGCCUGCUAUAGCUAAAGGAAGGACCAACAUGGAGCUGCGUGAGAAGUUCAUCCUGGCCGACGGCGCCAGCCAGGGCAUGGCGGCUUUCCGCUCGCGUGGCCGCAGGUCGCGGCCUUCGUCUCGAGGAGCUUCACCCAACAGAUCCGCGUCUGUGUCCAGCCAAGCCGGCCAGGCGGCUUCGCCUCCCGCCCCCACCGCGAGCACACCCAAGAUCCUCCAUCCUUUAACACGCAAUUAUGGUAAACCAUGGUUGACAAACAGCAAAAUGUCAACUCCCUGUAAACCAGCAGAGUGCUCGGACUUUGCCGUGUCAUCUGCAGAGGGCACCCCCAUCCAGGGCAGCAAACUCCGCCUGCCUGGGUACCUGUCGGGGAAAGGCUUCCACUCCGGGGAGGACAGCGGCCUCAUCACUACCGCAGCCGCCAGGGUCCGAACGCAGUUUGCCGAUGCCAAGAAGACGCCCAGCCGGCCCGGAAGCCGCGCGGGAAGCAAGGCCGGCAGCAGGGCCAGCAGCCGCCGCGGUAGCGACGCCUCCGACUUCGACAUCUCAGAGAUCCAGUCGGCGUGCUCCGACGUGGAGGCGGCGCCCCCCACGCCCAGGCCGACGCCCCGAGCGGGCCCUCGGCCCCCCACAGCCAAGCCCUCCAAGAUCCCCACGCCCCAGAGGAGGUCGCCCGCCGGCAAAGUGGACAAGGCCUCGAAGAGAUAGAGCGCCGGCCCCACCCGCCCUGUCCCCUGCGCUGACUGAGUGUGAACCGUGUAAAAUAGGGUGUAGAGAUUAUUGUGAAAUACUCACGAGGCGCGUUUAAAGUUCUGCAGAUGGCCUUAUUUGUGUAUUUGUCUUUUUAUUUGAUCUGCAUCACUUGUGGGCAGAUGUACUGGGGUGAAAGUCACGUCCUAGGUGACCGGGGAGGGAGAGCUUGGCGUGGGCCGGCGGCUCUGCCCCGUGGCCCGCGGAGCGAGCGCCCUUGCGGCCCCUGCCGCGGGUAACUCUCCCGCCUCCCUGACGGCCACCGUGGUGGCCCGGCGGAAAGAUACCUCAUGACAUUUUCUUGUUUUCCUUGGAAAUGCCAAAGCAUGGACAGAAGGACACACCAGGGACAUCUUUCGAGAUGACUUCAGUGCAAAUCACGCCACGUGCACACUCAUUCUUGAAGCAGUGCCUGGCAGAGCACGUGGUGGCGGCCUGCCCUGCUCGCCAUUCCCGACACGCCAGUUCCUUAGGGUGUUUCUGUGCCACUGCUCCCGCGGCAGAGGGCCCCAGGAACCCACCUCCGAAGACAAGAACAUAACCCGACAGUGCGCUCGUGAACGCGAGCCUUCCCCCUCCGAAGACAAGAACAUAACCCGACAGUGCGCUCGUGAACGCGAGCCUUCCCCCUCCGAAGACAAGAACAUAACCCGACAGUGCGCUCGUGAACGCGAGCCUUCCCCCUCCGAAGUUAAGAACAUAACUCUCAAGUGCACUUGUGAACGCGAGCUUUUCUUUUGCUUGAAUGGACAGUAGCACCUGUAUCAUCAAACUCAUUUUGUAGCAAAGCAAUUUUGCUUGAGAAAAAAAAAACAGCUAUGAAAUAAAACAUGUCCCUUAACUACAUUGCUAUGGAAUUAAUUUUUCCCCUAGGGGAAAUUGGUGUAUUUUUUUAUGAGCAGUAUCAAUUUGGAGAGACCAAAAGAUACUUUAAAAAUGGGUUUAUUUUGAUUUCUCAUCUGAUAUAAUCAUGUUCUGGUAUAUCUACCUAUAUUUAAUAAAUAUAUACAUUUUAAUUUAUUAUGUAUACUCACAUACUAUAGAAAGGUAUUAGUAUGCAUUUAAUAAAACAUAUUCACUUGAA